AUGUCACAUGAUGCUUAUCCCUUCAAGCUAACAUCCUCCUCUCCCUACUAUUCAUGGCUCCUUCCUGGUAUUUCAUGGCUCUUCCUGGCCCUCCUUCAAGUUGUUGGCCCUCUUUCCUGGUCCUCUUCCUUCCUGGCCCUUCAUGGUUCCUUCCUGGUCCUUCCUGGUCCUGUAUGGCUCCUCCCUGGCCCUCUUCCUCCCUGGUUCUCCCUCCUGGCCCUUCCUGGCUCCUCCUGGCCCUUACCUGGACCCUCUCUGGCCCUUCCUGGUUCCUUCCUGGCCCUCCUUCCUGGCCCUUCCUGGCUCCUCCCUGGCCCUCCUCUCUGGUCCUCCCUAGCCUUUCCUGAUGGUUCUUUUUCUCUCUCUUGA